AUGUCCGACACGCAGUCUAUGUUGAUAGACGGUAUAUCGGCUCAGCCUUCCGUUCCCCCCGCGACUUCUGCUUCAUGGACGGACAUUAUUCCUGCCGAUAAACAGGACCCGUAUCAACUUCCAAUCGGAUUGGAUCUUUCGUUUUUUGACAACAUCGAAGCCCACACGACGACUGAUACUUGCGUUUUCACUGGCGAGUCAUUUUCCGAGCACGACGCUAUUUUUGAGUUUGCAUGUGAAGAUUAUUGCAGUACGUUCUUUUCGAGCUCAGAACAACGGUCGGACGCACCUGGUGUCAAGAACCCAGACAAUCGAUGUGCGAUAUCACCGCGGGUUGGCCUUGGCGAGACAGGCAACGACAAGGAGGUCUCUUCCCAACAGCCAGUCGGCUCUCCCGUGUUAUUUUCCAACCACGAGGUUAUCGUCGAGUUCGCAAGCGAAGGUUAUUGCAGUUCGUUUUCUGAGCAACAGUCCGAUGCACCUGGCGGAGUCAAGGAACUAGAUAGCCAGAUCACGAUAUUGCCACGGGUUGUUCUUGGUGAGAUCAGGGAAAGCAACAAUGAUGGGCCCGUUGUGUUCACCCGAGAUGCCAGUUCCUGUGCAGGUGUUCCUUCGUUUGAGGAGGUAUCUCCCAAGGAGCCCCUUAGAUCUCGUCCUUCACCAAGAGUCUCUGUUGAUAGGCAACUCGCUAACAAUUCUUUCUCAUUCAAGUUGAUAUUGGAGAGUCUGGCGCACAAUCCUGAGUCUCUAUCGUACAUGGUUGAACCAUUCCCUCCGCCUUGCUCAAACGUUCCAGCCAACGAGUGCCUUGCCGUAGAUGGUGCUUCGACGUCCGGUACAAUCAUCUUCACCGCUAACGAUUCGGUGUUCUCUGCUCUCUGCGCGCUCCCUGUGGUAGACGCUGACUCCGACACGUCCUGUGCCGACCUUACCUUGGUAAUAGAAGGGUCGAAAUCACCUGUCGCUGCUCCUGCGAAAACCAUGUGUCCACUAUCAGAGUCAAUUCCUGACAAUAUCAAGGUCAUUCAUGAUGCCCUCCUCGAAGCUGACGUAACGCUUGUCGGCCAAGAUAACGCCCAAGGUGACGACGUACCGGAAGUCCAUACAAACGAUCAGGCCGCCGAGAUGUACAAUAUCGAGUCCGCGUACACCGCAUAUUUCUUAUCGACACCGUGGCCGGCCCCUGGCAGAACCAGAUGUAAGGAUGGUGGAUGGACGACUUCGCACUGCAUCGUUCUUGGCGAGGAUGGCCCGGGUCCCGGAGAUUACGAAGAAGCCGACGCUUUCAUCCGGGAUGCAAUUUCGUGGGCAACAGAUUCUUUCUGCCCGACGACGCUUCCCGUUCCUGUUUGUAUAUCGCAGCCUCCAUCGCCCGAGUCGUCGCCCGAUUCCCUGGAACCAGUCACAGGCCAAAUGAUACCAGAAAAAUUUGUCGACGCUGAUUACGAACGGGAGAUAGAAUCGCAAGUGGAAGAUACGCUCGCUGCUAUUAUGUUACUCCUGGACGUCGGAGACGGUGAUAAUUGAUCGAUUAGUACUGGAGUAUAGCGAUUACGAGUAUCAGGAUCCAAAGUAUGGUUCUCCCGUUGCAUGUACCUUAAGCCCUUUGUUCGGGCUUUCUGGUGACCUGACAAACCCUUAAACCCCUCCCUGGUGUCCGAACGAGUUCGGUCGAGCGUAUUCGUACGUCAAGAACUGAUGACCUACCCUAUUGGCAUCUACGGUCCUCACCCGUCGCAAGCUCAUCCUCCCAUGUAAAAAUAUCUCCUCUCUGCUUCUGCCUCCUAGAAUCUGUCGCGGACUUUCGCAUUCAUUUUUCGCAGCAUCUUGAGUCAUACAAUCUAUACUCGCGCGAACACGAACCACGCGGACGC